UAUCAGCUGAUAAGAACAUUUAGGAACGGAACAGGUUAGGUGUUGUUUAGUUCAGCUGUUCGAGUAACUUGCCUUACAUAUAGAUAUGUCUUUAAUAAGAUCGAGGGGUGAUCAUAUUUUUAAGUUAUUUUCGAGACAGAGAAUUAGGUCUGAAUAUCCUAGAAGUUUAGUAUCAAUUAGUAGAACUUCAAUUUAUCCAGUGCUUGUUACGAAAAACUUUAAAACCCAGCUCUUUGGUGGUGAAAUAUUACCUGGAAGAUGGAGUGUUCUAGGACACAGGUUUUAUGCAGACUACCCAAAGCACAAUAGAGUAGCCCUUCCUGCUUUAUCACCAACCAUGGAGAGAGGUUCAAUUGUGAGCUGGGCUAAAAAAGAAGGUGAUAAGUUAAAUGAAGGAGAUUUACUUGCCGAAAUCGAAACCGACAAAGCUACCAUGGGGUUUGAAACUCCUGAUGAAGGAUAUCUUGCAAAAAUUUUGUUACCUGCUGGGUCUAAAGAUAUUCCUGUGGGAAAACUUGUGUGCAUAAUCGUCGAAAAUAAAGAGGAUGUCGCUAAAUUUAAAGACUUUAAAGAUGAUGCUCCUGCCGGAGCUACAGCUACUCCUGCUCCUCCUACGGCUCCCGCACCACCUGCUCCAGCCCCUGCCGCUAGUCCACCACCUACAAGUGCACCACCUACAAGUGCACCGCCCACAAGUGCACCGCCCACAAGUGCACCUCCUGCCGAACCUGUCUCCCUCACAGAAAAGGGCCGAGUUUAUGCCAGUCCGAUGGCAAAGAAUCUUGCAAUGAAAAAAGGCAUCAAACUAGAGAGUGUUGGAAAAGGCACUGGUUUGUAUGGUUCUAUCACUUCCAAAGACAUAGAAUCAGCAAAGGCUGUACCAGCGGCCGCUCCUGUAAGCAAAGUACCUGGAGCUCCUCCGCAGAAUUAUAAAGAUAUUCCUCUCUCUAGCAUUAGGACUGUAAUUGCUAAAAGGCUACUCGAAUCAAAACAGACUAUACCUCAUUAUUAUCUCUCCAUUGAUAUUUGUGUAGAUGAAUUAUUAAAACUUCGUGAAAAUUUAAACAAAAGCUUAGAGAAACAAAAAGUAAAAAUUAGUGUUAAUGACUUUAUAAUCAAAGCAACAGCACUGGCUUCCAAAAAAAUUCCUGAAGUAAAUUCUCAUUGGAUGGGAUCUUUUAUUCGAGAGCACAUUAAUGUUGAUGUAAAUGUAGCCGUAAGUACUGAUAAGGGCCUAAUAACACCCAUCGUUUUUGGAGCUGACGGAAAGGGUUUGGUAGAAAUCAGUAAAACGGUUAAAGCGUUGGCACUCAAAGCUAGAGACGGAAAGCUUCAGCCUCAAGAAUUUCAGGGAGGUACUGUUACAGUUUCAAAUCUAGGAAUGUUUGGAAUUAACCAUUUUUGUGCUAUUAUAAAUCCUCCACAAUCUUCCAUUCUGGCCGUAGGCACAACACAGGAAAGGAUGGUGCCAGUCGAUGGAACAGGUGUGGCUAAGAAGUUCAUGACAGUGACUCUAAGCUGUGACCAUCGGGUGGUCGAUGGAGCUGUUGGGGCGCAGUGGCUCACAGCGUUUAAAGAAAUGUUAGAAACACCUCACAAAAUGCUUCUGUAGUUUUCUACAAGCUAGAAAAAACAACAAAAAAUUGAAUUAUGAAUAAUGUCAGGCAAGUUCACUCUGUCUGCUGGACAACAAUAUGGCACAAUGACCCUGUGUAAUAAUUCUUUUAUAUAGAAAUGAUAAAAGAGCAUUUGUAAAUGGUAUUUAUGUAUUAUAGAACAGAAAUAUGUCUAUAUAGCCUCAGAUGAUUAUUGUAUAAAUGAAAGCCAUAGCUAUGGCUGACGGUCGUUUCAAAUAUUAUUAGGCAAAAUGCAAAAAAAAAAAAAAAACCCUUGAAAUUAUAGGAAUAAAUAUACUUCUCAUAUUGAGAAGAAAAACGAUCUUUCAUUCCUCUGAAAAUUUGUAUUAUGUAAAUAUUUAUAAAGAUAUUUGUAGAUAUAUAUAUAUUGUUAUACAAAAUAAUUUUUAAAUUAAUUACAUUUAUGACUCGUAAUUUGAUGUACAAUAUUUUUAAAAUUUCCUUCUUUAUGUGUUUUAAUUAAUUGAAAAAUUAUAUUCCUACUUUCUGUAGUAAUAGAAUUCGCUUACAAACAAACAAAUUCUAUAAUAAAUGAUCAUCCUCAGUUUGAGCAGAGUAACUCUCUUUUUAAUGCAAACAUCUAUUGCAGACAGUUAUAAAUAUUUUAAUUUAAAAAUAAUUAUAUUAGUUUUGUAUGUUUGCCUUGUUUAUUUGUUUUUGAAUACCCAUGUUCAUUCAAUCAAAACUCACUAAUUAUUUUAUUAUUUAAAAUCCCAUGUUCGUUCAAUCAAAACUUAAAAUUAUUUUAUGAAUAGUUACUUAUUAUUGAAAUUUACAACUGUUAAAAUAUACAUCUAAAACUGUUGUAUAACACUAAAUACAGCUAUUAAUACUUCAUUAUAAAAUAAUUAAAGAUAGGCAUGCUAUGAACAUGUCUAUGGAGAAAUUAAUUUUUAUCUAGUAGCACUCAAAUAAAUAUUUAAAAUAUUUUAGAACUGGUUCAUUUAGUAAAGAAUAUUAUUGAGAAUUAUUUUUCUUAGAAAUCUACUAAUCUCUUAACAUAUUAAAUUAUUUCAAAUAUAUUUUUAAAAUUCAAGUAAUUAUUUCAAAAUAUUUCACUAGUUAUAGUUGUUUCAUAAAUUUAUUUAUUUUUCCGCGGACAAAACCAGGCUAAAACAAAUUAGGUUUUGUUAUAUAAUUUUAUUAUCCCAUCCAAAAGUCGAUACAACCAGUAUCAUUUGUUUGUGGUGUUACAGUUGUUACACAAAAAUAAUCAUCCCAAAUGGCUGAUGUUACUAAUUUUAAAUGGAUAUGGCAAGAUAUAAAAAUUAUACUCACUCCUUAUAUAAAAAUAAUAUACAAAUUUUAAGCUUCCUUCAUGUCAAUAUAGGGGAUGAAGAUUUUAUUGACUGGAGUAUAAUUCAAUAUCAUUUAUUAUUUAUGUCUGAUUAUAUUUUUAAAAAAGUCAAUAAAAUAUGUAAAAAUGUUUUAAAGGAUUGAUUAUUUUAAAUAUAUUUAUUUAUUUUUAUUUUUCAUUCCUUUUUUUUUAAUAAUUAUUGUCUUCCAUAAAUUGCUGCUAUAAUUAUAAAAAUGCAUUUCUACGUUUAGUUUUAUUUACUGUUGAUAAAGAGAACACUUUCUGACAGUAUUUUAAAAAAAAUUCUAAAAAUGAUUGAUAUUAAAUUAAUUAAGUUGCCAAUGAAAUUAAUAUCUCUGUUUGUGGUUUUAUAAAUCUAAACUUUUAUUUUUAACAAUUUAUGUACUAGGAGAAUCGAGGGUCAUUUUCAGUUUUACUUAGAAAGGGUUUCAUGGUAUUCUUUUUAUUUUUAUCUGAAAUUAUUUAUUUAUUAAAGUAUUUUAGCCUUUACUCAACCAUUUUAAUGGUACACUGCCUCAAUAGUAAAUAGUUAUAGUGCCAAACAUUUAGAAGAUUUACUAGUCUACUUGUAUAUUUAAUGAGUGUUACUGCACCAAAAGUUCUCUUAAGAAUACUUUAAUACUCUGUUAUAAUUUUAUUUUUAUAAAUAACCUUUUGUUGAACGUAGGUUUGUUUGAUUAUAUUAUAUUUAUAUAUAGUAUAAAUUAGAUGAAAUAAUAUAUAUUUAUUUUUAUAUUUGUGCCAUUUCUUAAAAAAAUGUGUUGUUAAUUAAACAUAAAUUUUGUUAAUUGUUAAAUAAAUAUAAUUUGCCGAGUAAAAAUUAUUUUCUAUA